GCGCGGUUUUUUCCACAGCCGACGACGCGAGUAAACGGGGUGGUUAACGUACUCGGAUGGUGAAUUUUCGUACAAAAUUACAUUAAUAUAGUAAUACAGAAAGAGGGGGAACCCUCGAAAUUUUGUCCACAAAAAAUUGGAAAAUUCAUAACAUUAAUUAUCACCGUAAAAAUAAAUCAGUGAAAUUUCAACAGGACAGACUGUUAAAUCAGUUGAGUGAAGGCGAACGGUUGAUCGUUUAUAUUAUAACAUUAACGUUGCUCCGAGGGUUUGAGUUAGGAUAAUGGCAGUCUGUUGACAUUAAAUUAACCAAAAAGAUUGUAUUUAAUUAAUGAUAAAGGCGUUUGUGGUAAAAAAUGGCCAAUAUUGCUGCACAGAGAAUAAAAAGGGAGUUCAAAGAGGUUAUAAAGAGCGAAGAGGUAGCCAAAUGUGCGAUAAGAGUCGAACUUGUUAAUGACAGUUUUACGGAGCUCAAGGGAGAAAUUGCUGGACCACCUGAUACACCUUAUGAGGGGGGAAAUUUCGUGUUAGAGAUCAAAGUGCCAGAAACUUAUCCAUUCAAUCCUCCCAAGGUACGUUUUAUCACGAAGAUAUGGCACCCCAAUAUAUCCUCGGUGACAGGAGCCAUUUGCCUAGAUAUCCUGAAAGAUCAAUGGGCAGCCGCCAUGACCCUACGUACAGUCCUGCUGUCACUGCAAGCCUUAUUGUCAGCGGCAGAGCCAGAUGAUCCCCAAGAUGCUGUGGUAGCUAGGCAAUUCAAGGAAAAUCCAGAUAUGUUUCGCCAAACAGCUAGACAUUGGACGUCUGUUUAUGCAGGAGGACCAGCAAAGAUGCCAGAGCUGACCGAUAAGAUAAGACGACUAACAGACAUGGGAGUGGAAGAACACAAUGCACGAGUAGCUCUAUCCUCAUUCAACUGGGAUUUGGAACGUGCUACCGAACAACUCUUCAGUUAGUGAUAGUCAAAAGAAAAAAAUCCUAAAGCCACCCUUAUCAUCUCCACUUCCCCAUUAUUCAAAGUUAAAAAUCAUCAGUAAUUAAUAACUGACGCAGAUGCGUCCCUCGUCCAUCGAAAGAAAUUCAAGCUUAAAGACAAUAUUAUCGAUUAAUUGAACCAACUAUUCAAGUCACUGGAUAAAUGUUUUUUUUUGACUUAUUAAUUACAACCGGAGUCAAGAGUAAAUCAUUUUUUCUUGUAAAAUAGGCAUGAAUCCUGGUUAAAUCACUUAUGUACGAUAAUUGAACAAAAAACGAAAAGCCAAUCGCUGAUAUUAUUCUUUGGUUUCAAAAUUACUUCAUUACUUCCUCUACUUUGCUGAAGAAAUUGUGUAUAUUUGAUGGAAAAACAAUAAUCGUGAUUCAUUUAGUGCUAGAUAUGAACAUGUAAAAACUAUUAUCGCAGUUUAUGAACUUUUAAAUAUAAAAAGAAGAAAUGAUUUGUA